AUGGAAUUUGAUGAGAUCGUCGUGAAAGAAAGCCCGGGACUAUGCCGGUGCUGUCUUUCCGAAGGUUGUUACAAAGACUUGGGUACGGAAUAUACUUGGAUGGAUGAUACAGAAGUUUAUGCCGAUAUGUUAUUGGAAUGUUUCGAUAUAAGUAUAUCUCAACACAAUGAAGGACCAAAUGGUCCCAACAGGUUGAUCUGUGAGGUGUGCAUUACUAGGUUAAGAGAUGCCUGCAAUUUCAAGAAGCAGGUGCUGGCAUCAGAGAAGAAAUUUGUAGAUAUGAUGGGUCGUGGCGCUUUUAAACCGAAAGUAUUAGUCUAUCAAAGUCCUGUAAAAGCUGAAACAAAUAUGGAAAUACCACAGCAGGUUGAGGAGCCAGAUGUGGAGUAUCUUGAAGCGGAUUUGGAAUAUGAAGAUGAUCUCCAAAAAGAAGAUGAAUCAAUAGAACAUGUAACCGAGGACAUAACCGUAACUACUUUACCGGUAAAAGGCAAACGAGGGCGGCCAAGGAAGAAUGCUGUAGUUGUAAAAAGCGAUAAGAAGGCCAAAGUAACUAAAUCGGAAGAGAAACCUAAAACAUCUAAAGCUGUUUCUAAAGGUGAGAAACGCCUAGGGACGGCAGCCGAGGCAGUGAGUAAGUCCUCAAUGUCCGCUACGAAACGUCACCGCCUCAUGAAAAGGAAUGCGAUCAUUAUUCUAGAAUCUUCCUCUGUGAUGCCCUUUAAAUGGCACAGGCAGAACUACCUCUGCUUCUAUUGUCAUCGCACUUUCAAAGACACGGGGCUCCUCAAGGAGCAUACUAGGACCGCACAUAUAGAGCCAAGAAUAAAAUCUGCCGUGUUAUAUCUAAGAAGGGACGAAAAGGUGAAAAUAGACGUAUCAACAACUGUUUGUGUGUUAUGCGGCUCGAAUUUUGAAGAUUUGAACAGUCUUAUAGACCAUCUUAAAUCCAUACACAAAAAGACAUUCACUGAGGAUUGUGAAUACGGUGUAAUACCGUACAAACUAGAACCGGAUAAGUUCCAAUGCGCGAUUUGUAAAGCGGACUUCCAAUACUUCAUCAAACUGAACCAGCAUAUGAACGAGCAUUACGAAAAUUAUAUUUGCGAGUUGUGCGGCAAAUCUUUCUUGAGUCAGGAUCGUCUCCGAUGUCAUACGUUGAGCCACGGCUUCAGUUUCCGUUGUAGAUAUUGCGCCGAGAUAUUCGACUCGCUCACGCAAAAGAUCAAUCAUGAAUACAAAACCCACAACAAGAAAAAGAUAAUUAAAUGCCAAUAUUGUACAGAGACGUUUGAAAAUUAUAGUUUAAGAAAGAAACACCAUAACGCAGUCCACAGUGUGGAUAUGCCGGCAAUCUGCUGCCCAAUGUGCGGCAAGACAUUCCUAAUAAUGAGCAAAAUGCAAGUACACAUGAAAGAGGUCCAUCUGAGGGAGAAGAAUUUCGCGUGCACGAUGUGCGAUCAGAAGUUUUUCUCCAAGAGCCACGUACAAAAGCACAUGGUAAAGCACGUCGGAGAGAGGAUACAUCAGUGCGAGAUCUGCAAGAAAUCUUAUGCUAGAAAACAAACUCUUCGGGACCAUAUGAGAAUACAUAAUAAUGAUAGGAGAUAUGUUUGUGGUGUCUGCGGUCAGGCGUUUGUUCAAAAUAACAGUCUUAGGUUGCAUAUAAGGGUUCAUCAUCCUGACGUGGACGCGUAA